CUACUGUACCCAUAUGAGAGACUGUCAACAAUAUUGGUGCUGUUUCUGACACUGACGAAAUUAGGAACAAUGGAGUCCUUGGCAUUAGGAAAUGGAGCAUUCUCAAGAGGGGAAAUUUGCAGGAGCAUUAUUAGAACAACAAUGGGGGCUUCUUCUUCUUCUUCAGUUGGUGGGUUUCCUUCUUUUCUUCCCAAAGAAGUUCAAAAUAUCAAAGACCCAUUUGCCCGAACCUUGGCCAAGAGGAUCCAAAGACUUCCUGUUCAGAUUGGAAUUUCUGAUGAUUGUAUUAUGAGUAGCUGUGUGAAACCAGCUAAACGAAGUGGGACUAAUCCUGUGGUUCUUCUUCACUGCUUUGACAGCUCUUGUUUGGAAUGGAGGUGCACAUACCCUUUGCUUGAGGAGGCUGGUUUGGAGGUUUGGGCUGUUGAUAUUCUUGGAUGGGGUUUCUCGGAUCUAGAGAGUCUUCCUCCUUGUGAUGCUGCAGCUAAACGGUAUCAUCUGUACGAGCUUUGGAAAACCCACAUUAAGAAACCAAUGAUAUUGGUUGGACCAAGUCUUGGUGGUGCGAUUGCAAUUGAUUUUGCAGUUAACUAUCCUCAAGCUGUGAAAAGUCUGGUUUUAGUGAAUGCUUGUGUAUAUGCAGAAGGAACCGGAGUUUUGAGCUAUUUGCCUCGAAUAAUGGCAUAUGCAGUGGCAUCAUUGUUGAAGAGCAUCCCAGCAAGACUUUAUGCAAAGUAUGUCGCUUUUAAUGGGAUACCCUUUGCUAAAAGCCUAGACUUCAUGAAUGUAGGUCGGUUGCACUGCCUUUUACCUUGGUGGGAAGAUGCUACGGUUAGUUAUAUAUUGAGUGGAGGGUUCAAUGUAGUUUCACAAAUUAAACAAGUAAAACAAGAAGCACUUGUGAUAUCGGGCGAAUGUGAUAAUAUCGUCAGCAAUAAGCUCACUGUGAGGCUGCAUUCAGAACUUCCAUAUGCUACCAUGCGCCAGAUACCAGAUUGUGGUCAUCUUCCUCAUGUCGAAAACCCUGGUGCUGUAGCUAAGCUCAUAGUGGAUUUUGCAAGAACACACACAAAUAAUGUUGUCCAUUCUAUCUAGUUUGUACUUACUUUAGAAUAUAUUAAGAAGGGGGUGUUUUUUUUCCCUUAUCAAAGUUGUGUAAAAUGAAUUAGCUUAAAAUGAAUAAUACUACUUACUAGAAUUGGAAGAACAAAUUCAUACUCUCUAAUAAUCUCAUCAUUU